AUGAUUCUUCUUCUUGUUGUAUGUGCAAUCACCAUGACAACGACAAGAGGAAAGUUUACCAGCAUGUUUGUACCUGUUCAUUCAUUAGGUAAAGUUGACAUACGUUCGGUGAUGAGUAUUGCUCUGGCACCAACAACUGAAUUCUGGACGAAACGAGUCGAUCGUCAUCAGAGUCGUCGUACAAUGCUUAAAUUUCUCCUAUCUAUUCGUUCAUCACCUAGUAAUAGCCAAUUACUCGAUUGGAUUGAUGAAUAUGCGCCAUCAUCAAGAAUGAACUGGAAUAUCGUUGAAAAAAAUUAUAUUCAAUUGCAGAAUACAAUCGAACCAUAUCAAGACCAUCAUCACGCGAGUAACUUGGGUACUUAUUGGGAAAUGAAGAUAAAAAAAGUGGCGCAAAUAGUAGACAGUCAAUCUCGUCCAUAUAUUGCUCGUUAUCGUAAGCAUGGAUUUCAGCCUAAUGAACUUAAAAUCUAUUGGAACUAUCAACAGAUUCGAGAUAUAAUCAAAGAUAAUUCAUAUAAUCCAGUAGCCGAUAUCGAUGCAAGAAAAAGUUUACUUGAAAUACCUGUUUACAAACGAAACAAUAGAGGCACAUUUCAUUUUAUCACAUCAGGCAUUCAAGAUGCAGUUUUUCACGUUCCUAAAGGCAAACAAAUAAUUGUACUAGAUUUUGCCGAUGAACGUAUGCCAGGUGGUUAUUUUUUAGAAGGUGUAAAGACACAAGAAGAAGUUAUCCUUUACAAUUCAGAUGGUUAUCGAGCACUACUCGAUCUCAAAUAUACAUUGAUGGAUGGAGGAUAUAUGUUACCCGAAUUCGGUGUUGCUUAUAUCAAACGAGUGCGUUUCUUCCGUCAUGGUCAAGAAGAAUGUGUCACUGAUUUGAUUGCAGCUGCCUGUUAUGAUGUGUCUGGCGUAGGUGAAGGACUUUAUGAGCCGCCAUCAAAGACAAACGAAUAUCAAAUGCGUACUCGCACACUAGAAAAAUUUCGUGCUAUUAUUGCCUCAGCAGUAGCAAAUACAGAAGGCAGCGGCAAAAAUACAUAUCUAUUGUUGGGACCUAUUGGAACAGGUGCAUUUGGUAAUAGUGAAAAGAUGAUUGCUCAACUUUUCAAUGAAGUACUUAAUGGUUCACUCAUGGGGUCAAUUGAAGCCAUUCGAUACGCAUUUGAGCAAAUCUGGUUCGUAAGCACAGACAAUCUCGACAUAUUUCGACAAAUUUUACAAUAA